CCAAAAAAUAAAUAAAAAAAAUCGUCCUCUUAUCUUCCUCCCGAGUUGAAUACAGAUCACGGAUCGCGCGCCAAGCGGUUGUUUCCGAACACAUCCUGGUCGUGCGACGCGAGGGUCGGUCUUAACCAAAGCUUCUACCAAUCCCUGUGCCACACAACGCUACGGUUACCACGAAGGAGGUUCAAGGCAACCUGGAAAAGAGACUGAGAAAACACACAGACGCACGCUUGCAGUCCCAAUUCGUCCCUUCAGAUUCCUUGGAUGUUUGAUCUUCCACAGUGUGGACUGUUUCAAUUCAACCACGACGACGACGAUUCCCGCGACGCGGCAAGGCAAAGAAGGAAAGGAACAGCAUCCCCGUUCCGUCCCAUUCCAUCCCAUCCUCACCCUUCGAAUCAGGAAGACGCAGAGACAGAAAAGAGCCACAGUGAAAGACAGAAGAGAUACCAGGACAGAACGGAGAAACGUCGAAUUGCCGACAUUGCAUGGGUAUCCGUACCUGAAUUGUACCCACACCCUGGACAAUUCCGCAGUUCCCACACUUGCAGAACAUUGAUCCACCGAUCCAUUCAACCCAGCGCUGCCAAUCCAAUCCCACCCCGUCUUCUUCUUCAUCGAUCCCAGCCAAUGACGGCUCGGAUAUUCGUUGACAUGCAUUGGCAGGCCAAAGGUGGGCUAGCUAGCCUGCAAGGGCCCCGCAAAAUUGCCGUGUUUGUCGUGUGUCGAAAAUUCCCGCCCACACGGCUGCUGCACCGAGACUGCGGGACUUUUUCUCCCAAAGCACCGAAGGUUGGAUGGGAUUUUCCACGUUCGUCUGGCAAGCGCAAUGGCAUCGCUCUAUCCAGCGACAGGACGAUCGCAGAAGACUCAAAAAAGGACAGGACAGGCAGAAGAACACGGCACCGAGAGCGAGCCCAGCUAGAACAAUCAGACAGAAAUGACAGACUUCCGGGGCCCAAUCCCGCCAUGUCUUGGCAAGUUCUGGUUGGGGGGCUUGGCUGAAGCUGAAGCUGGUUUCUUCUUACCGUUGUAGGCCCCAAUUGUCUGUUCUCAAUUUCUGAGCAGACACAACAACAAGCCCCAUGGCUGGGUGUG